UGGAAAGUAUCCUGAAAAAGAUUAUGGUGAAAGUCUUAGAGAAGAACAAAAUCGUAAAUGGUCUUUGCACAAUACUGCUAAAGGUGUAAAUUUGUUCAAAGAAGGUCGCUAUGUGGAAGCUAUGCAGUAUUUCAAUCAUGCUUUACAGUUAGACAAAUAUAAUGUGGAGGCAUUGGUUGCAAGAGGUGCUUUAUUUGCUAAUAGGGAUAGUCUAGACAAAGCUAUUGAAGAUUUUGAAGGAGCCUUGAAGUUAUCUUCAAUGCAUAGGAAUGCAAGAAAGUACCUGUGUCAAACAUUGAUGGCAAAGGCAAAACAAUUUGAAGACAAAGAUGACAUGAGUGAAGCUAUAACACUGUAUGAGAAAGUAUUAACAUUAAAUCCAGGAUUAAAAGAUGCUGAAGAAAGUUUACGUUAUGUUAGAGAAAAGAAGGAACAUUUUCGAAAACGGCAACAAUUAUUAGAGAAACAAGAAAGUCAAAAUAAAAAUCCUCCUGAAAAGAAGUCAUUAAUGGAAAUGUCUAGAGACACACUCAAGAAGCUUCUCAUAGCCGAGAAAGUGAAGAGAAAAGAAAGGAAGAAAAGGAAAAAAGACAAAUCAAAGAAAAAGAAAGAGGAAAAGAUGAAACAAAAAGGAGAAUCAAGAAAAAGAAGGCAUAGUAGAAAGUUUUCCUCCGAUGAAUCUGACGAAAUGGUUGUAGUAGAGGAGAACAUUGACAUGCAUAGAUUUUCUGAUAGUAGACAUAGAUCUAUGGAGAAAAGAGGGAAAAGGAAAAGUCGGUCACAUUCAAAAGAAUCUGAUGUGAUGGUUAUUAAUGAAGGCAGAGAGAGAAGAAACUCUGAAAAAUCCAGUGUUUCAGGACAUGAAAGAGGCCAUGAACAUAGAAGUUUGGAUUCAUCGAGUUGUAAUUCAACAAAAGUUGAAGAAAGUAGACGGAAAUCAUUUGGUGGUUAUAGUCCUGAAUUACCAAGAAGAUUUAAGAGAACAAUAAGUGAUCAUGGAUUCAGCAAAGAGAAACAAAUUUCACAUGACGUGUGCACACCUUCUUUAGUCAAAGAUACUGUGAAAGCAAGUGAAAGAACUUAUGCUCUAUUAAAAGUAAAGGAUAAAUACAUGGAAAGUAGAUCUACAUCUAGAAGAGCAAGGAGAGACAGUCACAGAUCAGAAAAGUCUGACGAUCAUUCUAAAAGUGAUGGGCUGAUUAAGAGACCCAGAAGAGACAGCCAGGGAACGGGUCAGCCUUUGGAUCUCUUACUAAGUGGCAGGUACAGAGAUUCAUCUGAUAGUGUUGGAUUUUCAGAAGUAUUAUGUGCUGUACAAAGUUCAUCCAAAACAGGCAGAAGUUAUGAUAGAAAAGUGGAAGUGGUGAAGAAUGCAUCAUAUGAUAGAGAAAGUGAAGGAACAAAUUUACAUUCUAAAGGGAAGAGAAGCAGGCAUCCAUUGGGUUGUGUCGGGGAAGCAUUUACUCGAAAAGACAAUAGAUAUUCAUCUUCAGAUAUUUUUUCAGACAGAAGCAGCCACAAAGCAGACUGGUGUGAAGUUGAAGAUCGUAGUCCUACAAAAAAUAAACCACAUUCAUCUACUGAUUAUUCAUCAGAGGAAGACUACAGAGAAUCAGGAUCUAAGGCUCAAUCAACCAGAGGUCAUAAGUUAAGCAGAUCUUCCUCAUUUUCAAGUGAAUCAAGAGACCUGAGAAGGAACAGGUCUUCAUCAGCUGAGUAUAACAAUAGAAAAAGAUCAUCAACAUCUUCUUUAGAAGAACAUGUCAAGAUCCAUAAGAAUACAGAAAAACAAAGAUUAUAUCCAGAUUAUAAAGCAUCAUCGUCAUCAAAAAAAAAAUCAUUGUUAGAGAAGACUUCUCCAUCUGACACCCAUUUUGGAACUAAAGGACGUGAUAAUGCUGGCGUUUAUAAUAAGGCAGUUAUUCAAUCAACCAGAUUAGUGGAAAUACCUGCUGUUAAAAGUAGAUGGGAAGAUACUAAGGACCUAUCCAAAGAUGUGCAUGAAGAUAAACAUGCAAAACUAGGGAAAGAAGUGAGAUCUAGAUAUGAAAGGGAAUGUUGUGAACAAACGCCCAAAGCUCCUAGGGGUUAUGUGAAGGAAAAUGAGACAAAGAAAGAAAGGAUAAGUAGUAAAGAAUAUACAAGAACUGUUUCCAAACUUGAAGAUGAUGAUCUGGAUGACAUGUUACCUAAGGCAUAUCAGGUUAACAGGAAUACAAAUCCUGUGAGGCAAAGGCAUUUUGGAGAAAAACACUCAAAUUUGGAAAAAGGUCAUAAAUAUUACAAGAGAGAAACAAGUGAAAGUUACAAAAGCAGGAGACAUGAAAACUGGAAUCAGGAAUGUAAAGAAAAGGAUGCAUGUCGUAGUAACUGGAAUAAGGACAGAAAGAGAAAGAUAGAUGACACUGAUGAUGCAAGAGAAAGGAAUGUUGGGAAAUAUGAAAAUCAAAAGGUCAACAGAGAUGAUAGGAAAUGUAAUAGCUUUCCUCAGAGCUCACCUGAAAACAAGAAAUUGAAACGAGGAGAGGGAUAUGACAUAUCUGUGAAGGAUGAACCAAAGCGUGAAUCUGAAAGGAAAGAUAAAGAAAGUUCUAAGAUGGGGCAAUCAUUUAAUACUUUAUGGAUGGAAGUAAUUCAGCAAUAUGAGAGUGAAGGGUCAGACAGUGGAAAUUCUGCUCCAAGCAAUGAUGCCAGAGAAGCUGAGCAGAAAUAUGCAAACAGAGACAGAAGGAGUUAUGAGAGUCACAGAGAAUAUGAUAGAACUUGGGAAAGAGAUAAGUCAAAUAGUGGAAAUAGACACAAUUCUGGCAAAAAUAAAGGUUCACCUGAAAAAAAGCGUUAUAGAUAA